AAUAUGGCAGAACUUGAUCACUAUCAAGCUAAGCCCUCAAAUAACACAACAACUAGGUUAAAGCUGUUUGGCUUCAAUGUAUCAGAAGAUGAAGAAGUGGAAUCCACCAAAACACCCUCUGGAUCAUCGGAUUCCGGCGGGGGGUUUCCACCCUCCGACGGCCGGAAAUACGAGUGUCAGUACUGCUGCCGUGAGUUUGCGAACUCACAGGCACUGGGUGGUCACCAGAACGCCCAUAAGAAAGAACGACAACAGUUAAAGCGUGCACAAAUGCAAGCCAGCCGGAACGCUGCCGUUUCCUAUAUCAGGAACCCUAUAAUCUCCGCCUUUGCUCCUCCGCCGCACCUCCUCACCCACAGCGGUCCGAUGGUGAUCCCAUCCUCCGCCGUCGCAUCUCCGUCGUGGGUUUACGUUCCACGCGCCGCUCCCGCCUUCCACGUGUCGCAUGGAUGCGUGUUGCCAUCUGGUUCAUCGUCACCGUCCGGCGGCAGAGGACCAGGGUCGUUAUACUACGCCGGCAGUGUAGGGGAGUCGUCGUUGACGAGUGUUGGGCCUCAGCCCAAUAAUCGGGCCCACCAUGAAGACGGGCCUUCGUUGAGUCGGUUUUCCAGAGGGGAUGGUGGGCCCACCUUUGACGAUGCAUUCGGCUUAGAUUUGCAUCUGAGCCUUUAGCGUAGUGUCACGGCUCGAGCCGUUUGGCUUGAGUCGGGUCAAGAUUUUAGUUUUAGUAUGGGAUCAAUCACAGCUAUUAUUAGGCUUCACUGUAAACUCGGCUGGGAGAAGCCGUUGUCGAAUUUUCACCCACUCGGAUCUUGUAAAUUCUGAUUUAUUUAUUUAUUCUCUUGAAAUUAAUUAUUUGAAAAAACUAGA